AUGGUUAUUGAUCUCGUUCCAGAUAUUCGCACCGUUUUGGUUUUCAUUACAACAUUUCUACUCACAUUUGUCUAUAUGCGACCAAAAACGUCGAGCGACACUGAACGAGACAUUUCGCGGCGAAAAGCGAGGAUGCCUCCUGGACCUACCGGGAUACCGGUGUUCGGCAAUCUCUUUAGUCUAGGUAACAACCCCCAUUUAACUUUCAUAGAAAUGGCUAAGAAGUAUGGAAAUGUGUUCACAAUCAAACUUGGUUCCGAAUCUAUCGUCGUACUGAAUGGUUUUCAGGCAGUGAGAGACGCCUUAGUGAAACAAGGCCAAGCGUUUGCAGGUAGACCAAAAAUGACUUUAACAGAAGAACUUACGAAGGGUAAAGGCAUUGUGGCAGCUGAUUAUGGCGAAACCUGGAAAAGGCAAAGAAAAUUCACAUUGCAAAUGCUCAAAGAACUUGGGAUGGGGAAACCAGCCAUGGGAAUUAACGUAUCGGCAGAACUUGAGAGCUUGACUGAGGCUUUCAACAAGCUGCGAGGACAACCAUUUGAAGUAGACAGCUACUUAGAAGUCAGUAUCGCUAACAUAGUUUGUUCUGUGGUAUUUGGAACUAGAUACGAAUAUAAUGAUCCUCAGCUUCUCACUCUUCUCCGGCUCGUCAAUCGAUUCUGUGAAAUUGGUACCAAAGCAGCAGCAAUGAACUUCUUCCCCUUUCUGAAAUAUAUGCCGUUUGGGCCAAUAAAAGAAGUGUUCACCAACAACGAUAUUAUGACACAGUAUGUAAAAAGCGUUAUCCAGCAACAUAAAGAAACAUUUACUCCAGGUAACUCACGGGACUUCAUUGAUGCGUACCUGGCUGAAAUCCAAAAGCAGAACAAUAACCUUGCACACAAAGGGUCAUCAUUUACAGAAGAAUAUCUGUUCUAUUUGCUAAAUGAUCUCUUCUUUGCUGGCACUGAAACAAUGAGUGUCACCCUGCGCUGGGCAAUACUUUAUAUGAUCGUACACGAGGACGUUCAGAAGAAAGUUCAAGAAGAACUUGAUGAGGUGGUUGGAAAGGACAGCCUUCCAUCACUGACAGAUAGACCACACUUACCUUACACUGAAGCCACGAUGAUGGAGAUCCAGCGCAUGGCAAACAUCACUUCUCUAACUUUCCCACAUAAAACUUUAGAUGAUGUUGAACUUUAUGAUUACAUUAUCCCUAAAGACACUAGUGUGUUCGUGAACCUAUACUCUGUACAUGUAGAUGAAACUCAGUGGCCUGAACCACAGAAGUUCAACCCUGGAAGAUUCCUAGAUGAGAAUGGGAGUAUUCGCCAAAGGCUGGCUCUCAUGCCAUUCUCUGCUGGUCAAAGAAGAUGCCCUGGUGAAGAGUUGGCUAGAGCGGAAUUAUUCCUCUUCUUUUCUGGAUUGAUGCAUCGUUUUAGCUUCAAGUCUGCUGAUGAAACAUCAAAACCAACCAUCGAGAAAGCCUCUGGAAUCAGCUUAGUGCCAUAUCCAUACAAACUAUAUGCAGAUCCUAGACAUUAA